AUGUGUGUGGAAGCUCACGUGUGAAUCGACAAGGAGGUAGCGUUCGCAGGUACGGGGCGGGGUGAGUUUAUUUUCGCCUCGGUUCUUGAUCUCUCUGUGUCUCUCGGAUCACCUCAUUCGUACCUGGUUCUCGAUCGCCCACCAUGUUCUCGCCGGCGGCGCGCCUGGCGACCAAGCGACUCUUGGAGAUCCGCCGAGCGCUGCGCCCUUCGCUCGCGCUCGCUUCGCCCGCUGUCGCCGCCAGAUCCUUGUCCACGGCCCUCAACUACCACAUUGAUUCGCCGGAUAACAAUCCUGACAUGCCAUGGGAGUUCAGCGAAGCAAAUAUGAAAAGGGUCAAAGAGAUACUCUCCCACUAUCCUUCAAACUACAAGCAAUCUGCUGUUAUUCCGCUACUGGACCUGGCCCAGCAGCAACAUGGUGGAUGGUUACCAGUUUCUGCAAUGAAUGCUGUGGCUAAGAUUAUGGAAGUUGCUCCUAUUCGUGUGUAUGAAGUUGCUACAUUUUAUUCAAUGUUCAAUAGGACAAAGGUUGGUAAAUAUCACCUUUUGGUUUGUGGAACAACACCCUGUAUGAUUCGUGGAUCUCGUGAAAUUGAAGAUGCCCUAUUAAAGCACUUGGGAGUCAAGCGCAAUGAAGUGACAAAGGAUGGAAUGUUUUCAGUCGGCGAAAUGGAGUGCAUGGGCUGCUGCGUGAAUGCUCCUAUGAUUGUUGUAGCUGACUACAGUAAUGGCUCAGAAGGAUACUCAUAUAAUUACUAUGAAGAUGUGACACCAAAACGAGUUGUUGAGAUUGUGGAGAUGUUGAGAAAGGGAGAAAAACUACCAGCUGGAACUCAAAAUCCUGAUCGGAUUAGAUGUGGACCAGCCGGAGGGAACACCACAUUGCUCCGGGAACCCAAACCGCCUCCAUGCAGGGAUUUAGAUGCCUGCUGAUUUCUGUUGGAUAUCUGCCAUGAAUAAUAGAACUACUUGGCCUUGACAUCUGAGGCUCCACGAGCGCGUCGUUGUCGUGGAUACCGGCUCAAAGUGUAGUGUGAUAUUUCUUGUUUCGCUUCUUACGUUUUUAUGUUUCUCUUAUGUUUUCGGCAGCAGUUGUUUUCUCAAGUGAAGUAUCUUGAUGAAUUGAAACAAAAUUGACACCUAUAAUUACUGUUGAUCUCUUUGCCUUGUAAAUAAGUUUUGUUUUA